AGAUUCUUUUUUCAAGGUUCAUCCUAAAAGGCCAAAUGGUGCAAGUUUCAGUACUUCUCCUCGUCGAAGCUUGUAUUGCAGCACAAAUCAGCCUUGCGGGUGCCCAAGAAGGGGAGACUUUUGAUAUCUCAGAAAACACAUUUGGAGAGCUAAUAGAUAAACGCGCGCCUAUGGAUAGAUCAUCAAUGGUUCGAUUCGGAAAGAGAGCCCCAAUGGACCGCUCUACAAUGGUUCGUUUUGGUCGCACACCAAUGGACAGAUCUUCGAUGGUUCGGUAUGCACAAUCAUCUGAACCUAUUGAUAGAUUUGGCAAACGAGCCCCCAUGGACCGCAGCUCAAUGGUUCGCUUCGGAAAGAGAGCCCCUAUGGAUAGGUCAAGCAUGGUGAGAUUCGGAAAGCGAAGUUACUUGGAGAGACCAGAUUUGGCACUGAUGAUCUAACAAAACACAUGCUUGCUCCACAUUCAUCCUAGAACCAUAAUUGGUUAUCUACAUUGACCACACUAAUCUCUCUAGUCCUCACUCAUUGAAUGGUGAUCUCAGCACACAGUAUGGCCGAAGAAUUUGUAUUAUUGCAAACACUGGUGUGUAAUAAAUGAUG